AUGCUCCAGGACCUCGACUACCUUUCAACACCUGACACGCCCGCCAUUGGCAACCUGAAACCUUCCUCGACCAUAAUAUCCCCGCCACCCAAGCCUGAAGACAUCCAUCAGCCUUAUGAUGAUUACCACCUGUCCCGCCGAGAUCUUCCUGCAGCUUUGCUAGUACAGAGCUCUGAUGCAUCGUCUCCACCACCAGAGAAGCGGACGUUUGCAAAUCCCUCUUUUCACCGACGGGCAAAUACUGAAAUCAUUCGAGGAGAAACGCCCCGUUUGCCAGCUAGACACCUUUUUGCGGACCAGCCCAGAACAUUCGAGGAUCUGGACAAGCGAUCGAAACCAUCGUCAGAGAACGCCGCAAGAAGGAAACUCGAGGAGGGGGCAAAACUAUUAACGGGUUGGUUUCAGGGCAAGUCUCAGCCAGUAUCCCUGGGAGUGGUACAUCCUCCAACGGAGCGAGAAUCUACCGAAACAACCGACAACAUGGAAAGACACACCUCUUACGGCUCUCCUGCCCCCUACACAAGUCCUACGCGGGCGCAGAAGCGUAUGACUGCCCCCUCGCCCCUGAAGCAGGUCACAUCGACGAGUCCAUUCUCCUUUUUUGGAUUAAAACGCCAGGGAGAGAGCAAAAUGGAGCUCCCGGAGCCUGCAGAUGAUGAAUUUUUAAACAUGGACAUCACGAGAGCUCUAUUCCCGCCUGGAUCCAUUGACCUUGAUGAUCAGGAUGCAUUUGCUGCCCUGCGGAGCAACGCGGACAACGUUCUGAGACGGCUGCAGGCAGCGUAUAAGCAGCGGACAUUCGCUCUGCAUGAAGUGUUGGCAGACAAGAAUGAGAAGCAAGAAGAGCUCGAAGAAACCCGGACACGCGUGGGACACCUAAAGGUCCAGCUGGAUGGCAUGGCAGAAAAGGUCCUCCAGCAGGAGAAGGCCGUCAAAGCCAUGGCGGAAGAGCUGGAGCAGGAAAGGCAGAUACGCCGCAGAGAGGACGAGGCGCGUCGACGCAGCGUGAUGCUGAUCAGGUCCAGCGACGAUGAGAGUUCCGACUUGGGUGCUGAUCUUCAGACCCCCAAACGGAGCUUGAAGCGCGCCAGCAAUGCCACUUUCACCAGCGACUCGGGAUUCGAUUCAGGGGAUGAGAGUCUUUCAGAAAGCGUGUUCUCGCGGCGAGAAUGUCUUGAGUCCCCCGUCUCGACAGUCGCUCCGUCGCCUAAUAUUUCGCAAGUCACACUCUCCACCCCUACCAUGAUACCUGUACAGCACCAUAAAGAUCCCAGACCUGUUCCAGCACCCAUCUCUCGGUCUUCGACUUAUGAUCGCGUACUCAAAGGCCUCGCAUCUACUGGUAUUGCCAGUUCUUGGACCGGUAAUUCGUCUAAAUGUCAGAUCUGCCAUGGCGUCCCUGCCUCCGAAGCUUGGAGUGUCAUGGGGAUAUUGAAAGAAGAGAACAAAGGUCUGAAGGACCGGCUAGUCCGUUUUCUCGAUUUAAUCAAACCUUUCACGCCCCUCCUCCCGGAGGUGGCAGCUCCCGAAACCAAGGUGCCCUUCAACCAGAAGUUGAUGUGGACUGGGUUGACCUUGUUGAUCUUCUUGGUCAUGAGCCAAAUGCCUUUGUAUGGCAUUGUCUCCUCCGACACCGCGGAUCCCCUGUACUGGCUGCGUAUGAUGUUGGCCAGUAACCGGGGUACUCUGAUGGAAUUGGGUAUUACCCCCAUCAUCUCCUCCGGCAUGGUUUUCCAGCUCCUUGCUGGUACCCACCUCAUCGAUGUCAACCUGGACCUCAAGACCGACCGUGAGCUCUACCAGACCGCCCAGAAGCUUUUCGCGAUCAUCCUUUCCUUCGGCCAGGCUUGCGUCUAUGUGCUGACUGGUCUCUAUGGCCAGCCUAGUGACCUUGGUGCUGGUAUCUGUGUUCUCUUGAUUGUCCAGCUUGUCGUUGCUGGUCUGGUUGUCAUCCUACUGGAUGAGCUGCUCCAGAAGGGAUACGGUCUUGGAAGCGGAAUUUCACUCUUCAUUGCCACCAACAUUUGCGAGUCCAUCGUCUGGAAGGCAUUCUCCCCUACUACCAUCAACACUGGCCGUGGCCCCGAGUUCGAGGGUGCCAUCAUCGCCCUGUUCCAUCUCCUCUUGACCUGGUCCGACAAGCAGCGUGCUCUGCGCGAAGCCUUCUACCGCCAGAACCUCCCUAACAUCAUGAACUUGCUGGCCACUCUCCUGGUCUUCGCCGCCGUCAUUUACCUCCAGGGAUUCCGUGUUGAGAUCCCUGUCAAGUCCUCGCGCCAGCGUGGAAUGCGUGGCUCUUACCCCGUCCGUCUCUUCUAUACUUCCAACAUGCCCAUCAUGCUCCAGUCCGCACUGUGCUCCAACAUCUUCCUCAUCAGUCAGAUGUUGUAUUCGCGCUUCUCGGAUAACAUCUUGGUGAAGCUUCUUGGCGUCUGGGAGCCCCGUGAGGGUUCUGCCCAACUCCACGCGGCCUCGGGUAUCGCUUACUACAUGUCUCCCCCCCUCAACUUUAAGGAGGCUCUCCUGGACCCUAUCCACACCGCUGUUUACAUUACUUUCAUGCUGGUUGCUUGUGCUCUCUUCUCCAAGACCUGGAUCGAGGUCUCGGGUUCUGCCCCCCGAGACGUUGCCAAGCAGCUCAAGGACCAGGGUCUCGUGAUGGCCGGCCACCGUGAGCAGAGCAUGUACAAGGAGCUUAAGAGGGUUAUCCCUACUGCCGCUGCCUUCGGUGGUGCUUGCAUUGGUGCUCUUUCCGUCGCCUCCGACCUUCUUGGCGCCCUGGGAAGCGGAACUGGUAUUCUCCUUGCCGUGACUAUUAUAUACGGAUACUUCGAAAUUGCAGCCCGUGAAGGCGAUAUUGGUUCUGGUCUCAAGGGCCUUGUUCCUGGUAACUAG